AUGAAAUCAACAAUAAUACAUAAUAGAAAGAUUUACUUACCUGAUGAAGAUGAAAUGAGAUCCCUUCGUGCAAGUUUGAUUGAUAUUCAUCCUAAUGCUCGAUGGCAACAGGAUGGUGUCACAGUAGCUGGAGGAAAUAGGCUAGGCAAUGGAAUCAAUCAACUCUCAAAUCCAUGGGGUUUAUAUGUUGAUGAUGAACAAACUGUCUAUGUCGCUGAUCAAUCAAAUCAUCGAAUUAUGGAAUGGAAAUCAGGUACGAGAACUAGCCAAGUGGUUGCCGGUGGCAAUGGAAAAGGAAGUGGCGCUCAUCAAUUGUUUUAUCCACAAGAUGUUAUUGUCGAUAAAGCAACAGAUAGUCUAAUUAUAUGCGAUAGUUUAAAUCAUAGAGUGGUUCGAUGA